ACCUGACCAAGUUUCCAAUGAAAUGGAUUUGUGGCUUCGCUUAUAACAACAAGAGCACCAACAUGCAAGUUUUCCCCGUUGGAUUGCCAUUUUGAGGGAUACUAAAGGAGUGAAGAAACCAUGCUGUUGCUGGGCACAGACGCAAACGGCAGGAACGAGAUCCGGACCGUGCGGACGAUGGAUAUCACGACGAUGGUGUCUGUCACGCUGAGCCUACUGACAGACGAUGACCAGCACAUCAUGCGACGUUGGCGGGAUGCCGACAUCGUGGCCAUGGUCAACAACAUGGGUGGCAUGUCAGACGCGCGGUUCAUGGCCAUCGUGGCCGAGGUGACCCGUCUUCUCGGCGCGGCCACUGGCGCCCGCGCGGUACACCGCUGGUACACUGGCCGGAUGUUACCGUCGUCCAGCGACACAGAUGACGGUUUCUCCGUGACCCUAAUGGACAUUGGCCCCGCUGCCCGAGGCUCGGCGGCAGCCGACGGCCGUGUGUACGACGGCCUUUGCUACUCACUGAUAGCUUGUCUAGACUAUCCGGUAUCCGCUUCGGGUUGGACGUUUACAGGCCUGGACGGACGUCUCGACCUGGCCCAGCAUCCCACACCCGAAUAUGUCCGGCGCCACCGCCACUGCCCCUGCGACCUCCUGACGGGUGGAAACGACCGCGACCACGGCGGCAAGGACUACGACCAUGACGAAGACGACGAUGACGACGAUGUUCCGCCGAGCACGACCGUGUCCGAAGACCAAGUGCCGUUCGUAACGGACGUUUUGAUUCACGUGUGCGAUCGGAUUAUCCAGGCGGAGGGCCGGAUGAACAAAAUGGACGAAACAGACGACGGCGACUGUGGCAGCAACUGGCGCCGCGGUGCGGAUGCGGUGAGGGUGGCCGUGUCUGAGGGCCACGUGAACGUGGCCAGCCCCGCAGACACACUACGCUCGGUCGGCCGGCUGUUCGAGACCCGCGUGGCUGGCACUUUGGGCAUGCUAUUGUCCGUCUUUUUCCGGUCAUUCUCAUUGGCAUUUACCAAGUACUCAUGCCGUACAACCCUCGGACCGGCCAUGUGGGUAGACGGUCUACGCCGUGGUGUGGCGGCCGUUGAGGCAUACGGCAUGCGUCAACCCGGCGACAGGACCAUGUUGGAUGCACUAGUUACGGCCGUCCGUGGUAUGGAGGACGUCUUGCGCAAGUCUAAAAACCCGAUCCACCUACUGAACAGAGCGGUUAGAGAAGCGGACGAUGGAUGCAAACUGACCGAGCACAUGAUUCAUCGAGGGGAGAAGAACGACGAUGGUGACGGUGGCGUACGGUCUUCAAGUUGUAGUCCCGACGCAGGCGCAUACGGCGUGAAAAUCGUGUUCGCAGCGGUACUGGAAAAGUACACCGAACGAUCGGCUGCCGGAAUGGCGACGGAAAAAAAAUGUAUAUGUCGGACCACGACGUGA